GAACAGUACCGUACCAUUGCGUGCACGCAUCUUGUAUUCAUCUAAGACGAAAGUCAAUCGUAUCAUUCCAAGCCAAACCAAUGCAAGCAUGUUGAGGUUGAUUGGCCCAUACAACUAAUUUAUUUUCAAAUUCGAUACAGAGCAUUCCGUUUUGAGUCUCUCCCGCCGCCUACGGUACUGCAUCUCUGAUCUCUCAACGCGACAAAACACAACACAACACAACACAACACAACACAACACUAAAAUACGAUUCACAAAAUGAAAGCUGCCAGAUCUACCCUCCUGGUGUUCGUCGUCCGGUGGGUGCUGCUGACAAACAACGCAUUCCUCGUUGUAUCGGUUGGUUCGUCUUCCGAGAAAGAACCGCCACCGCCGUCUCCUUCCGAGGAACCAAAGAACAACGCCUCUGAAGCUACGGACACAAAUACAGAAACAGAAACAAAUGCUUCACAAUCACAAUCAACACUACCAAUUCGCAAUGGGAGAACAAAAAGCCUCAAGCUAAUGAAUCUGGCAGAAUCAAUCAAAAAGAGCAGAAACAAGGAAUACUCGGAUCCCGAGAAAGCAGAUCCAGAUCCGGGUGCGGGUGCGGGUGCGAGCACCACGAAAGACCAAUGGGAGCGAGCCCUGCAGGAAAUCAAGAACCUAGCGGUUCCGAGGACCUCGUCGUCUUCCUACGAGAACGGCGAAGACGGCGGCGGCGAUUCCAAACCCAGCACGGGCGCGAACGGCAACAACGGUCUCUACCGGCGGUGGAGAUCCCUCCUGAACGAGCCGACCAAACUCGAGCUGGACCCAAAGACGGGAGCCAAGCUGACGACCCCCCGGUUCGAGGGAAUCGCCUCGUCCUGGGAACGAACGCUGCAGGACUGGGCGGACGACGUACAGGAAUACAUGGACAGGAUCGAGGCCGAGAACCGGGGCUACCCGAUGUCCCAGUUUGGCAACGCGCAGAAACUAGCGCCGGAAGCGAGCGACGCACAAGCGGAUGCACAAGCAGAUGCACCGGCGUCCGAACCGAACGAAACCCCGCCGGAAACGCCGGCCACCGCAACGCUUGCCUCGGAACACGGGAACGAUGCUGUCGGGGCGACCGGCGGUGGCCUCCCCCCUCCGAAACAGGCCGAAACGCCACGGACACCGCCGAGCGAUGCAACCAACCAAAAAACGAAAACGUCGAUCAGCCUCCCCGUCCCCAUGCCGAGAAAGGACGGCGAAGAAGUGGUGGCCUACACCGACAUUGCCGACAAGUCCAAGAGAAUACUGAUUGUCACCACGGCGUCCCUGCCCUGGAUGACGGGAACCGCCGUCAAUCCCCUGCUGCGGGCUGCCUACAUGACCAGGGGCCGGGCCGAAGAGGGCGGGAGCGUGACGCUGAUGCUUCCCUGGCUGGAGCGACGAAUGGACCAGGUACAGGUCUACGGGGAGAACAGGAUCUUCGAGACCCCCCAGCAGCAGGAAGCCUUCAUCCGGGAAUGGCUCCGCGACUCGGCAAAGCUGCCGGUGCCGAGCGAGGAACUCAAGAUCCAGUGGUACACGGCCUGGCAGAACAAGGCCGAGAACUCGGUCUACUCCAUGGGCGACAUCACGGCACUGAUUCCGGAGGACGAGGUCGACAUAUGCAUCCUCGAAGAGCCGGAACACCUCAACUGGUACCGCGCCCCCGGAGACUCCUGGACGGACAAAUUCAAGCACGUCGUCGGAAUCAUCCACACGAACUACUUCGUGUACGCGCAGGACCAGCCGGCGGCCUUUAUUCGGGUGAGUGGGAGUUGUUGUUGCCGCACCGGCCAUGAGUUGGGCAAGGGCGUGUUUCGUUUUCGUUUGUUUCGUUCGUCCGACUGAUGGUUUCCCAAUGUUGCGCGCGUCGUUCUUCGUUCCCGCUUGCGUUUUGUCGUUUGCGUCGGGCCCUCUCUCGAAAGGCGCCCGCCAUGCGCCUCCUGUGUUCCUGGAUGUGCCGGGCGCACUGCCACCGCAUCGUCAAGCUGUCGGGAACGCUGGGUCAGUUUGCACCCGAAAAGGAGCUCAUCGAAAACGUGCACGGCAUCCGGGGAAGCUUCCUGGAGGCGGGCAAAGAGGCGAGCAAGCGCAUCCGGGCCGACCCUUCCCACGAUCCCGUCUUUGGAGCGGAGGCCGAUCCGUCCGUGUACUUUAUCGGGAAGAUGCUGUGGUCGAAGGGCAUUGGGUCGCUGAUGGAUCUGCUGCAGUACGCCGAGGAAAACGCCGGGAUCAAGGUCAGGCUGGACAUGUACGGCGGUGGUCCCGACAAGGACGCAGCGGAAUCGAGGGCGAGCGAUCAAGGCGUCGACAUGGUGUUCCACGGUCCCAUCGACCACGCCGAACUGGCGUCCACGCACAAGGUAAGCUCUUUUGGGGGUAGCUAAUGCGAAACGAAAGAGGCAACCUCGGGAGUUUAUAGUGUAUCAUUGUAUACUGUAUUGCAGUAUCCAAUGUCGCGAUCAAAAUUUCUCAUGCUAGUCCUUCCAAUCCCUCUCAGAUUUUCAUCAAUCCUUCCACCAGCGAGGUCCUCUGUACAACGGUUGCGGAAGCCCUCGGAAUGGGAAAGUUUGUGGUAGUGCCUUCACAUCCAUCGAAUGACUUUUUCGCAGAGUUUCCGAAUUGCCUUGUGUAUACGAACAAGGAAGAGUUUGUCGGUAGGUCCAAUUCUGUGCAAAAACACUUGACUCGGUUUCAUAGAUUUUGGUGUGCCGUCUCCUUCUAACGAAUUACGUUUGCCUCUUCCGAUAGGAAAUCUCUACUACGCCCUUACGCACGCCCCCGAGCCACUCACGGAAGAAUAUUCACACGCAUUGAGCUGGGAGGCCGCGACCCAACGUCUCGAAGCGGCCGGAAGCAUCCCUCUUGCAGAGGCUACGCUGAAGGCCGAGAGCUUGUCGAAAAACGACGCGGGCAUCGAGGUACGUGAACGAUCCACGUUUCCUGGGGCGGUUGUUCAUUGGUACGUGUCCUCACUAUCGCCUUUUCGUUCCUCCGUUCCCUACUAGAUAUCGUUGCCUCCUCUGAUCGAAGACGUGGAGGAUAGAAAGAUUAUUGCAUCCGGAUUGCGACGAUCUCGAGCAAGAUACCGCAUGUUCCGUUCACGCUUGUCACAAGAAGUCUCCCAAAGCAAUGGUAGGUUUGUUCUCGUUUCGCAUCUUGUCGCGUCACGCCACGUCACGUCGUGUCUUGUUAUGUUGUGCAAAUUUGGAAAGUUUGCGUUGAUGAUUCCUCAUUGCUUACACGGUGCUUUUCGCGAUGAACGUGGUUGUCAGUCUUGCCAAAUCGAGUCAAGCAGAGUCUAGUAAACGAAUUGGACAAAAGAUUGGAGUUGGACAUCGAUGUCAUGCUGGAAUCACCGAAGUUGCGUCUUGAGCUUUCACCGGCCGAGCUCGAUAAGAAGCUCCUUGAAUUGUAUAACAACGUUGCUGACGGGCCAAGCGGUGACGUACUAAGGGUCAUCGGCGGUGGAAACGACGUCGCACUUCAAAAUCUUUACGUCAAACGAAAAAGAAGGACGACGUCUAAGAAUCUGUUUCUGGGACCCGCCAACGGCGAAAACCCAGAAGAAGAAAAAACUGCAUCGCAAUGGGUGAAUUCUGUGUUGAAACAAAAUUUUCCCAGAAGCAAUGCUGGAAACACACCCAAAGAAGACGAUACACGUACCGACAAUCAAGACAAAUCGGGAGGCAUGAACAUGUGUCUCACGAAUCGACCAUUCCGUCGAUCUUCGAUCAUUCCUCCGAGCCGCACCGCAUUCGCAAAUAGAUCUUGUGUCGGGAGAAGUCGAGCUCUGAAGUUCUCUCUUUUAAUCUAAUUGAAUAUAGACUAGUAUCGCAAAGUUCUGCUAUUCGUUGGUGUGAAGGCAUACGAUAAGAAUUUAAUAUUUUAUCAAGUAAUCAUAACGACGAUCGAUGGUGCAUCUGUAACAAAACCUAGGCAUUAUCAAUUAUCACCUAUUGCAUUCCACGAUCGUCGUCUCGAAUGGUUUUGAAAGCGAUGUAAAAAUGUAUGGCGUGCAUCCACUUCCACUCCGCACUAUGCUGCCUUCUUCUUCAUCUUUCCCACGAUUCGCACGAUAGCCUCUAGCGUCAAUUUUAUCACCAUAACUGCCCAGUACAGCUGUAGAUAUCCAAGAUACACCCCAAACGCAAAUUGGACAAAGACGAACACUUUUGUCAUACCAAAAUCGGUGGUCAGGAACAGGAAGAAGUUGUUUCGCAUGUACAGAGGGCCUACCGGAAGCCACUUCCACACCCUAAUAUACAAGAAGGAAACAA